CAGCUCGACCGCCUGCUGAAGGAAACCAGCAUUGGCCCCGAUUUCCAGGGAUGUGAAACAAGAGCCUUCAGGCCGGGCAGCCAAAGGGACGAGACCCGGGUGGACGCCGUGUGCACGUACAGGAAGGAGCCCUCGGCUCCACCUUUGGACAGGGUGGGCCUGUACCACCAAGUGAGCAACAGGACCAGAGGCAUCACCCAGCUGGGCCCCUACAGCCUGCACAAGGACAGCCUCUACGUCAACGGUUACAAUGAGCUGCAGCCUGAGCUAUCUGCUGCUCAAAAUGCACAACCACCUCUGCCACCAGCAGUGAGGAACUUCACUUUGAAUGUCACUAUAACCAACCUCCCGUUCACUGCAGAUAUGGCAACACCAAAUUCCAGGAAAUUCAAGUCAACAGAAAAAGUCAUGUCCUAUUAUGUUGACCCUUUACUCCAAAGAAGCAGCAUUGGCCCUGCUUAUAUUGGGUGCAAAGUAAUGGCAUUCAGGUCAAAUAAGAACAGGGAUGACACAGCAGUAGAUGCCAUGUGCAGCUGUAGAGAUGAGCCUUCAGGUCCCAAAUUCAACAGAGAAACCAUUUACCAUGAGCUGAGCAACAUGACAAAUGGCAUCACCAAGCUGGGACACUUCAGCCUUAACAGCCAGAGCCUCUACAUUGAUGAUUACAAUGAACCACACAGUCUGUCAUUGGUGAAACCAACCCCCCCACAAAAUCCAGGACCAACAACAGAGCACUUCACCCUCAACUUCACCAUAACCAACCUCAUGUUCACGAGAGACCUGGAGACACCAAACUCUGCCAAAUUCCGUUCCACUGAGAGGAUAAUGCGACACUACAUUGACCCCCUGCUUCAGAGGAGCAGCAUUGGCCCCUAUUUCUCUGGCUGCAAAGUAACAGGAUUCAGGGCAAUGAAGAAGAGGGAUAGUACAGGAGUAGACACCACCUGCAGCUACAGAAACAGCUCCCAAGUGCCCACGUUUAACUCAGCUGAGGUUUACCAAGAACUGAGGAACAUGACAAGCGGCAUCACCAAGUUAGGAAUCUACAGCCUGGACAGCAAGAGCCUCUAUAUCAAUGGUUACAACGAACCACUUCAGAGAUCAGCUCCAAGCACAACUACUGCAUCAGGACCAACAACCAGGAAGUUCACCCUUAACUUCACCCUGACCAACCUCCCGUACACCCCAGACCUGGAUGUCCCAACUUCCCGCAAAUUCAUUUCCACAGUGAAUAUUCUCAACCACUAUAUUGACCCUCUGUUCAAAAGAAGCAGCGUAAGCUCUGCCUACACAGGAUGUAAAACUAUGAGGUUCAGGUCUGGGAGACACAGGGAUGACACAGGAGUAGAUGCCAUCUGCAGCUACCAGGACAGUGCCAGCCUGGCCAGGUUUGACAGGGAACAGGUUUAUCAGGAGCUGAGCACCAUGACAGAGGGUGUCACCAAACUGGGGCACUACAGCCUGGACCAGAACAGCCUGUAUGUCAAUGGUUUUCCCCUCACAGAAACAGCUACCACCAGAAAGCCAGUCUUUGUUGAAGCUCCAGCCAAACAGGGCUACAGACUGAGCUUUAGAAUAGUCAAUGAAAAUCUAACCAACCCAGACUCUCAGUCUCCAGAGUACAAAGCAGCAGUGGAAAGCAUCACUAACAAGAUGAAUCAGCUGUACCGGCAGAGCGACCUGCGGGACCAGUUCCUGGGCUGCAACAUCACCCACCUGAGGUCUGGGGUGGGAUCUAAGUGUGGUUGAAGGGUUCCC